GAGGAAAACACAGUAUAUGAAGAAUUGAUCUUGGAAGUAAAUAAACUGAAACAGGAAGUAUGUGACCUUAAAUAUGUAAAUAAGGAGUUAAUGGAUUAUAUUGAUACACUAGAGAAAAAGGACUCCCUGCAAUGUCAGGGAAAUAAAUUCCAAGAUGUUGGUAAGAAACAACAGACAAGGAAGCUUCAGCAUCUUAGAAGUAAGGCAGAGUGUGCAUUGUGGUUUUGUGAAAGCUUUGGCCUCAAACGUUCAAACAUUAAACUCAAAGAUAAUACUGGGGCAAGUUACUCUCUCGAUUACAACUCAUCCCCUGCUGGUGUCUCAGGUUUGAGUCAGGAUGACCAAAGUAUCAUAGAGAAAGUUCUGUUUUUAUUGGACAAAUUUUGUGUGGGUGUCAAUCACAAGUUGUUGGUUUUGUCAGAAGAUCUCCCAAGGUCAUACCUCACAAAACAAAAGUGGUCAGCUUUGAACAAGACCUAUCAUAUAGAAGGGAACGUGUGGGCAAUGUCCUGGAGCAAGAAUAAAUUUCACAUCAACCCUUGCAGAGCAUGUGAAACAUCUAUUGGCACAAAAAUCAGAGCUACAAGAAGAAAGCAUUCAAGUAAAGUUAAGUGGGGAUGGCACUCGAAUGAUGUGUUAGACAAAUUUCAUGAUGUUUUCAUUUGCACUUUUGCAAGAACAAAAUGUUUUGUUAUGCAAGAGUAA